CCCGGCUCGGCUCGACCCAGCCUUUUGCCUUGGCUCGGCUUGGCCCGGCUCUGCGCUGUGUCCGGAUCCGGCUCGGCCCUGCCCGGCUCCGAGCUUUGUCCUGACCCGGCUCGGCUCGGCUCGGCUCGGCCAUGCUGGCCGCCCCAUGGCCCCUGUGGAGCACGACGCGCUGGCCGUGCGGGAGCAGCUUUUCCACGAACGGGUCCGCGAAUGCAUCAUCUGCGCCCUGCUCUUCGCCAGCCUCUACAUCCUCUGCCACUUCAUCAUAACCCACUUCAAGAAGCAGACGGACUUCGCGGCAGUUCACGAUGACGAGGACGCUGCUGUCAACAGGAUUGCGCUGGGGAUGUGCACCUUCACCCUGGCCGUGGCGCUGGGUGCCGUGCUCCUGCUCCCCUUCUCCAUCAUCAGCAACGAGGUGCUGCUCUCCUUCCCCCACAACUACUACAUCCAGUGGCUGAACGGGUCCCUCAUCCACGGCCUCUGGAACUUGGUCUUCCUCUUCUCCAACAUGUCCCUUGUCUUCCUCAUGCCCUUCGCGUACUUCUUCACCGAGUCGGAGGGCUUCGCAGGGUCCAAGAAGGGCAUCAUGGCCAGGGUGUACGAGACAUCGGUGGUGCUGCUGCUGCUGACGCUGCUGGUGCUGGGCAUGGUCUGGGUGGCCUCCGCCAUCGCCGGCAACAACGCGGCCAGUCGCCAGUCCCUCUACGACCUCUGGGAGUACUACCUGCCCUACCUCUACUCCUGCAUCUCGCUCUUCGGCGUGCUGCUCCUGCUGUUGUGCACCCCCUUUGGCCUCUCCACCAUGUUCACCGUCACGGGGAAGCUGCUGGUGAAACCCCGGCUCCUGGAAGACCUGGAUGAGCAGCUGAGCUGCACGAGGUUUGAGGAAGCCGCCGUGUCCCGCAGGAUCACGUCCGGCAAAGCUUCCUGCUGGCUGAACCUGAACGUGACGCUGCUGCGGGAGCAGCUCCUCGCCAUCCAGAGCAAAAGGCGGAAGCUGGAGCUGCGGCACCGAGCGUCGCCCUGGCAGAGGAACCUGGGCUACCCCCUGGCCAUGCUGGGCCUCCUGGCGCUGACAGGGAUCUCGGUGCUCAUCGUCUGCUUCCACGUCCUGGAACUGUUGCUGGAUGAUGCUGCGAUGCCGCGGGGUAUCCAGGAUGCGCCCCUGGGCCAGGUCUCCUUCUCCAUCUUCGGCACCUUUGGAGCUGCCCUGCAGGUCAUCCUCAUCUUCUACCUGAUGCUCUCCUCCGUUGUGGGCUUCUACAGCUCCCCCCUCUUCACCCGGCUGCUCCCUGAGAGGCAGGACACCCCCCUCACCAAGAUCAUCGGGAACUGCGUGUCCUUGCUGGUGCUCAGCUCUGCCCUGCCCGUCUUCUCCAGGACGCUGGGUGAGCUGCGGUGGGGCUGGGGCUGGGGGCAGCCC